ACCUGCUAUCUUUACAUUGUCUAGUUUUUGUAAAUCCAGGCACGUACAAGGCCGCCAGAAGAUGCUUGAGGUUAUUACCGUGUUUAUAAUUUUGAUACUGUGUCUUUAUCACUACUGGAAAAGCCGUCCAUGUGCAAGCAAUUUCCCUGGGCCAGCAGGCAUACCUCUCUUUGGUGUUUUCUUUAACGUUGACCUGAAUCGUCUUCAUUUGAAAUUGUACGAGUGGACUUUGAUCUAUGGAAACAUUUUUCAGUUUUCUGUAUUUGGGAAAUCGUAUAUUUCUUUAAAUUCGGCUGAUGUCAUACGGGAUGUUUUGGGCCUUGAACCAAAUGCCACCAUCACGGCAUCUCGGGAGCCGUCCUUUUUUGGGGAAUAUUGUUUGGAAAAUUAUUCAGACAUAGUAUUUUCACCAUAUGACGAAGAGUGGGCUAGAAGACGUAAGAUUGGUCAUCAACUUCUACAUACUUAUGGGGUAGGCAUGCAUUUCCUCGAGGACGAGAUUCUACAGAAACUUGCAGAUAUGAAACAAUUUAUUCGAGAAAAUGAAGGGAAGGACCUGGAUCCCCACGAUAUGGUGGAAGAAUUCUUAUUCAAAAACCUGUCUUCACUGGUGGCAGGGACAACCGAUCCACAGUUGCAAAGACUGAUGAAAGAAGUGGAUGAAAACGCCAACGAAAUUGCAUCACCAAUGGUCGACCUUAUCUUUAGAAUGUUUCCUUUCCUGCGAUUCUUACCCCUUUCUGUCGCCAGAAAACCAUCGCUUGUCAAAUUUUGCAUGGAUGAAAUGUUGAAAAUAAUCAAGGAACUAACGAAUGAGGGAAACAUUGAAAGGGGCAUAUACUACGAACUAAAGAAUGCCAAGGAGAGACACGGUCUCCACUUUACAGACAACCACAUAAAGGCCAUCCUAGUGAAUAUUAUUGGAGCAGGUUUCUUGACAUCGAGAGGUACUUUGAUGUCUCUGAUUCUUCUUCUGGCGAAACAUCCAAAGAUUCAGACUAAAAUUCAGAGUGAAAUCGAUGACGUCAUUGGGGAAAGAGAGGCUCAUAUCAAGGACAGAAAUAGCUGUCCACUUACAGAAGCAGUCAUUCUAGAAACACUCCGAUAUAUAUCCCACGCCCCAUUAGCUAUCCCCCAUUAUACCUCGGAGGAUUGCAUUAUUAGUGGCCGUACGGUUGGAAAAGGAACAACUAUAAUCACUAACUUGUGGACAAAUAAUCACAGCGACGAGUGGCACGACCCUUUCGUGUUUCGUCCCGAAAGGUUCAUGGAUGAUUCAGGUUUACUUUUGCCUGCAACACAUCCCACUAGAAAGAGGUUGCUGGUUUUUGGUUUCGGUAAGCGAGCUUGUCUUGGUGAAGUGUUCGCCAAGAACAGAACAUUCCUCUUCCUUGCCACAAUGAUGCAGACCUGUAUCAUUCGUAAGCCGUUGAGAGAGGAACUAAGUGACCUUGACCCCCGGAUGAUGAUGCCUGGCGUCGUGCUUCAACCUCCGCCAUACAAAGUGCAAUUCAAAUUGAGGGAGCGUGUCCUGUAAUAAACUAUCUGCAUCGCUUAUCGCAAAUUAUGUGAUCGUUAUAAUUAAUUUGUAUCUAAGUAUAAUGUUUGUCUGACGUGUUUCAUAGAAAUUGUUAGGCCUUUCUUUACAUACUGAUCUUGACUAUGGAUUACUCCGACCGCCUUAAAACGGCUGAAUUAUUUCCAAAACGGCGUAAAACCCGAAUCAAUCAAUCAAUGGAUUACUUUGUUUACCUGAUCAAGAUACAAUCUUCACAGCGGUGUGACCGGUUAACAGUUAAUGCUAGAUCCUCCUAGGCCCCGAGCCCUCCUUUGGUGUUUCCAGGAGCUUUUAUAUGCCCUACUGUCAAUUUUGUGUUCCAUAUAGGGUUAUGAAAUUGCUCACUGUUCGUAUAUUUCACCUUUUGCAUCUCGUACAUGUUUCUUACUAUCUCUGAAUCAAGACCGAAAAAUAAUACAAAUAAGAUGGAAUGGAGUAGGUCAAAACAUAUAAUUUUUGAUAAAUGAGAGAAUAUAUGUAGGUGAAAACGUGCUCGUGGGCUAACCUUGGGUGAAAACGUUAUUGUAACUAGUUGUCGUGGGAUAAUUUAAUUGGAAAUAACCGCGAUUCAUUAUAUUUUCUAUUUUGUUAGUGAAGGAUCUGUGAACAUUCAAACAGCACAUCGUAACAGAGUACGUAGCUCAAUCAACGUCACCCAGCUUACAUGUAUUUAUACUCUUGCAAUAAAUUGGACCUGUCCCAAAUGGAGGGGUAUAUACCCCAGCACAAUCAAAAUACGAUCAUAGUGGAUGAUGAAAGGUGUUUAAUGAUUCUUUGAAAGGAAUUUUUUGUGAAUCCAGGUAAAACAAUAGUUGCAGCGCUGUUUCCUUGACCUUUAGAUCCCAUAACCAAUAGGUUAAAUCAGAUUCUGUUUCGCUUGACAUUAAACCCGUUGCCUGUUUUGCAGAAGUAAAAACAAGACGCAUAGACGCGGAUAUAUAUUA